GGAAUCGAAUGAUCGGCCGCGGAUAUAGAUAUUGGAAGAAAAGCGGACUAUGAUAUGUCGUGAUAGUAACGGAAAAUAUCGAACCGGAAAAUACAUCGUUAACAAUGGUCUAUUGUGGGCACGUACUAGCCAUGUGUUCAGGUACACAUACAUUGAGGACUUAAAUUCCGAGGAAACACGCUGUGCAAAGUCAAGGAACAAAAAUGGAAGAACACGAAGAUUGUACUAGCAAAUAUUUUCAAAAUCAAGACUUAUCGUCAAAAAGUCCCAGUAAAGUUUUGCUGUCACCAUCAAAGAGUUUUGAGUCUUCACCAAAUAUAAGUCAGAGUACCGAUUCAGACGCGGAUUUUUUAAGCCUCUCGCAACUGGACAUAGAGGAACAAGAGCCAUUAGAAAUUAACCCGUUUUUUAAUAUUACACCUAGGCAUAUGCCCUUAUCACCUCAUUACGUGUUCGAGGAAGAGUUUUCGUCGAACCCCUGGGCGAUGCUAGUGGCAACGAUCUUCUUAACCAAAACAUCAGGUAAAACUGCAAGACCUUACAUGAAAUCUUUUUUCGAGGAUUAUCCAACGCCUUACCACGUAUUAAAUGACAAUCCCGCUUCUUUAGAGAGAUUUUUCGAGAAUUUAGGACUAAAGAAAAGAAGUCGAAUGAUAUGGAAGUUAAGCUUUCAAUUUGUGUCUUCAAAAUGGCGUCGUGCUAGUGAUCUGUGUGGUGUUGGAAAGUAUGGAGAAGAUGCAUAUAGGAUAUUUUGCUUGGGUCACACAGAUUUGGACCCUGAUGAUAGAUAUUUAAAGUUGUAUUUAAAUUGGUUAAGAGGCUGUACAGAAUUUCCGGAACUACACAGUGUAUUAGACAGCGAUUUCGUGAUUGAAGAUCCAGUAUCGAAAUAUUACAGGUUGACAUUGAGAGAUUGAUAGUAUACUAGCUGUCCGGGCAAACGUUGUUUUGCCUUAAAAUAAAAAAAAAAUUAGGGGUGGACUACCCCAAAAAUUUGGGGGGAUGAAAAAUAGAUGUUGGCCGAUUCCCAGACCUACUCAAUACGCUAACAAAAUUUCAUGAGAAUCGGUCAAGCCGUUUCGGAGGAGUAUGGGAACGAAAACUGUGACACGAGAUUUUAUAUAUAAGAUAUAAUUCAGGAAAUUGUUACUAAUGGGGACUAGAGGCGGUUUGCCUGCACUAGUACCCCGAUUGCGUAUAUAUACCGCACGCAUGUAAAAUUACAUUAUCUAUAAAGACCUUAUAAUACAAAACAAUGUAAUUAAAUUCAUUAUAACAAUGACAACCCUAGACAGUUCACGCAGCAUCUUCUAGUUCCAAGAUAAGCAUGGUUUGCAUUCUGGGUACAAAACAACUGAUAGAAUUAAAUUAAAUGUAUAUUUUUUGUAAAUAUGUACAUACUGUAUAUAAAACACCCAGAUAGUUUCAAACAGUCAUACUCAUGAUAAUCAGAUCAUUUUAAAUGUGUACAGUGCCCAAGACAAUCGAAAGUAAGUAGUGUGCUAACCGCUAGAGCAACGUUGAUGAAAAUAUUAUAUUUGAAAAAAAUAUAUUUAAUGUCCUAGGAACGUCCUAUAACUAACUCAUGGAAGGACAUCUGAACAAGAAUUAAAUUACUGCUUUUAGCUAUCUAUGUAUACGUCUUCCUAACUUCGUGCUGCAACUGUUUCAAA